AUGGCUUCAGAUGCAAAUCACAUUUACAUUGGUCGAUUUCAUCUCGAGCUGUGCAUUCCCAAUUGCAGUGGUGGCAAUGUUGGAUUAAAUCCAAAAAUUGAUAAUAUGUUGCCUGCGUAUCGUGCCUCGAAAUAUCCUUUAAUUUUGGUCAGCGAUAGUGGAAUUUAUAUGCGUGAGGACGCGCUGAUGGAUAUGGUAAAUACUAUGAAGAAUGAUGUAGCACUAGUUACACAGAUGCCUUUUUGCGCUGAUAGACCAGGUUUCGGAGCCAACCUUGAGCAGAUAUAUUUUGGUACGGCGCAUGCACGUAUCUACUUAGCUGGUAAUUGUUUACGUUUUAUUUGUUCCACGGGAAUGUCAUCACUAAUGAGAAAAUGCGCUCUGGAGGAUGCUGGUGGUAUGGAAAACUUCGGUGAUUAUCUUGCUGAGGAUUACUUCUUCGGUGUUGCAUUUGCUGAAAGGCAUGUAUUUUUCAGUAAUUUUGAUUUUGGGGAUCGUACCACAAUGCUACCAAAAGGAUGGAAAAUUGCGAUUUCUGGUCUACCUGCAAUGCAAAACACAGCAAGACCCGACCCAAAUACUUUUCAUGAACGCAUAUGCAGGUGGAUAAAAUUACGUAUAGCAAUGUUGCCUCAUACGAUAAUAUUGGAACCUUUGCAAGAUUGUUUUUUAUCGGGCAUACUCGGAUGUUGUGCUGUUUUGAUUCUUCUCCCUUCCUCACCAACUUCUGUUUUCUAUUACUUUAUUUUUCACCUCAUUUACUGGAUCUCUUGCGACUACACUUUGAUCCACCUUGUUCAGAAUGGACCACUGCCAUUUUCUUUUGCACAGUUCCUGUUUAUUUGGCUAUACCGUGAAAUACUGUCUUUUCCAACUUGGUUUUGUGCGCUGCUAAAUCCAAAUAUCAAAUGGCGAAAAGGCAAUUUUCGGCUUCGUUGGGGUGGACGUAUCGCGUCACCACCACGUUCACCCAGAAAAAUGAAUAGUCGUUGA